AUGCUAGCGCUUGCCACGAUUACGUACUUGACGCUCCUCGUCACAUCUGGAUGGGCAUCCAUGUGCUCGGACGCCGAUGGAAUGAAUGAUGAACUAAGACAGGUUUUCGUUGACCAACACAAUAUGUAUCGCUCACAAAUUGCCAAAGGACAAGCCAAAAAUAAGCUCGGCGGUUACGCUCCAAAGGCGGCAAGGAUGCUGAAGAUGACUUAUGAUUGUGACGUUGAAGCAAACACGAUGCAGUAUGUCAAAAAAUGCGUUUUUGAGCACGCACGUUACUCAAGGCGUUCAACCGAUCGCGAUGGCAGCGGCCUUUGGACUCACGACAAUCCCGAAGAGAUCAGUGAGCAGAAGGUCGCUGCUGCCCAUGAUUCUCAAUCUUUCAGCAAUUGUUUUAAAUUUGAGAGUUGA